CUCAAAUCUUCAUUAUCCCUUUCAAUCUAAUCUUCACGCUUUACCAUUGACACUUCAAUGUUACAACAUUGAAUUUACAACCCCCAUGUAUGUAUGUACAUACAAUGCAGCUGAUAGAAUCCAUCCAACAACAUUGAACCACAGAUCUUCUAUUCUACCUACAUACAUCCCACCUACUUGUGUACAUUAUAAUACUUGCAACAUAGUUCAUGAGAAUCAUCUGUACAUCCUAGGUACCUGACAAUACAUCCUAGGACUGCACGUGGUUCUUCAGUCGUCUCCAUUCAAACUUCUCGAAGUAACCUGAGGUUCAAUACCAUACUACAUACUACUUACUGCCUACAUACCUAGCCUAUCUACCUACCAACCAACAUACCUAUUACAAACUCACACAUGCUACAAAAUCUACAAUCUUUUCUUUAUCGAUAAUAUCGUCCGUACGAUCCGUACCAUCAUACCCUUGCCGAUCCAUCGGGGAUCCAUCAACCCAUGACAUCUAAUUUGCCAUGUCUUGUUGACUAACAAUUCACGGUCACCUAAUGAAAAGUACUCGCGCUUGAGAACCUGUCAAUAGCAAGAGCACUUCCAUAAAAUAUGCUUCUCCUGCAUCAGGUUGGCAGUGUCAAGAUCGGUGAAGUCGUUCGCUAUACCGUAACUUAUACGCCCUCCAACGACCGAAUCCUACCCUCCCCCGACGUCCUACAUCUACGCAUCCGAAAUACUUCUCCUAUCCCUCUCCGAGCCGCCUUCAUCCAUGGUCCCUAUACCCUCAAUGUCUCUGCGUACCCGGCUCAUUACGACCCCAACACCAAAUUCGAGAAUCCCAAGCGUUAUGGCGUCCCUGAAUUCGAACCUAUGCUCAAGGCCGGAGGCACGUGGACAUGUCAGUUGAUUGUACCCGACGACAUACGCGAGAGUGCCGGAUCUGGUUUUCGCCAGGGCGACUAUGGCUACGAUGCCAUCGAAGAUGCCCCCAAGAGCGCGAGUUGGAUCGUAGAGGUUACGAGUCAGGUUAUAUUUUCCGCCAGCGCCGCUGUGGGUUACGAGGUCUUGGUUGCACGGGAUGAGAAAAGCUUAACCCUGGGCGGCGUGCCCGUUAUUGGCGGUCAGGCCCCGGUCCCACAGCCCGGAAAAGUGACCGAUUUUCAACAAAGCUUGGGCGCAAAAGAUGGACACCAUCCUGCGCAGUUAAAGGGCGUCUUUUCGAAAGCUAUCACCUUGCAAGUUGAGGAUACCGCAAGUCUCUGGAACAGCCCACCGCUUCCAGGCUGGGACGAACUGGAUCAUGCAAGAACCAAAGCAUCCGGCGGAGAUAAGGCAGUCGCUGUCAGUGCUGUCAGUGCUGUCACGGAACCAACAGAAACAGUGAAGGAGGAUGGUGUAAAAAGUCGCCCCCCGAAGAAGAUCCACUUGGUCAUCUUGACUCAUGGUCUGCAUAGUAAUCUCGGGGCCGACAUGUUGUACUUGAAAGAGAGUAUUGACGCGGCUGCGAAGCAAGCGAAGGUAGACGCGAAGGCCAGAAAAGCAAAAGCGAAAGCCGAGAAGGGUGGCGAAGAAGAAUCAAAGGGUGAGGGUGUAGAACAACAACCGGGAAAGAGUACUGAUGGCCAGGAUGAAGACGACGAAGACGAUGAAGAGGAAGUCAUAGUACGCGGCUUCUCUGGAAAUGCUACUCGAACAGAAAGGGGCAUCAAAUUCCUGGGCAAGCGUUUGGCACGCUGGAUACUUUCCAGGACGUAUCCUGACCAACCUUUUCUUCCAUCUUUGAAAAAAGCAGCCGGUGAAACCAUUACCAGUGCUUUUAAGAACGACGAAGGGAAUGACGAGGCAGCCGGAAAACCAGCGCACAAACACAGCACCAUUCACAGAGGUCAUCAUCAUCAUAAGCAGAACCGCAAUUUUCAGAUCACUAGUAUCAGCUUCGUCGCACACUCCCUAGGGGGCCUAGUUCAAGUGUACGCCAUCGCGUAUAUCCAGAAGCAUUCGCCUUCCUUCUUUGACUUAAUCCGGCCCAUCAACUUCAUUACGCUUGCCUCCCCAUUACUAGGCCUUAGCAACGAAAAUCCCCUAUAUGUUAAGUUUGCGCUUGACUUUGGCCUCGUCGGAAGGACCGGGCAAGAUCUUGGCCUUACGUGGCGAGCUCCGACUAUUGCCAGAAGCGGCUGGGGUGCAUUAGUCGGUACACUAGGAGAGAGUGCUCAUAAGAAGGUAAUAGGAGACGUGCAACCAGAGUCAAAGCCUCUCUUACGUAUUCUACCAACUGGUCCAGCGCAUACCGCUUUGAAGAAAUUCCGCAACCGAACCAUAUAUUCCAAUGUGGUAAACGAUGGAAUCGUACCGCUCCGCACCAGCUGCCUCUUAUUUCUAGAUUGGCAAGGACUUGGUCGUGUAGAGAAGGCUCGACGAGAAGCUGGCUUAGUUGAGACCGUUGUUGGGUUUGGAUGGGCUGAACUAACCGGUGCAAAUGCGACUUCGCGAAGAGGACCGUGGUCACCCCUAAGCGAAGAUGCACCAUCGUUGGCGCAGUCCAGUGCCGAAUCCGAGUCUUCCGGAGGCGACUCGCACGAGGUGCCUCAACCAUCAACUAACGCAACGUUAGAGGAUGAUAGACGCAGUCUGAACUUAGCAACUCCGGAUGCUGGUACUAUGGGUCAUAACUCACAAACGAACAAUGAUUUCCCCUUAUCAGGAUUCUUCAACUUCUUCAGAUCCAGCGAGUCGUCUAAAACGGGGGCACGCAAAACACCUCCCCCAUCUCCCCGGGAAAGUAAGAUUUACCAGCGCAGUCAAACGCUUAAGAUUGACAUGGCCACGGGCACAGAAUCGCCAAGUAAAUCGUCAAGUGGGUCCAAGGUAUCUUCUGGUCACGAACUCAGCGACGACCCAACACAUGAAGUAUCAGCCCCCCCUAGGACUACGUUCUUUGAGUCCGCGGGUGAUCUUCUCAAUCCCAAGUUACCAACGGUCGAGUACUUCAUCGACCCUUCACAGCGCUCCCGGACCAUAUUCCAUGAUCGAGUCUACCACCCGUCCGACAUCCCACCGCCACCCCUCAAAAGACGCACAACUAAGUCGCUCUCUUUCCGACACCGGCCAACAGGCUCUAGUGGUACUUCAACUUCCAAGGAAGAAAAUGGAAAGGCGCAUUCGUCAACUUCGGGAGUCGAUCAUGUAGAGUCUGGCCUCUCAGCCCAUGAUUACGACGACCAUUCACAUACGGAUCCUGACAGAGAUUUUGACCAGGUUAUUGACACAUCCAACAUGAAGGUCGAAGAGAAGAUCGCACGAGCAUACCACCGUGGCUUGAGUUGGCGAAAAGUUCUGGUCAAACUAGAGCCAGAUGCGCACAAUAACAUUAUCGUCCGUCGCAAAUUUGCCAAUGCUUUUGGCUGGCCUGUCGUGAAGCACCUAGUCGAUGCUCACUUUAGUGAUAGCGCAGCUGCACGUACGCGGGACGAGGCUGAGCAGGGUGUCGACCGUGCUAAACCGAUGCAUAAGGCGCCAGACACAACAGGCGCGGAGACGCAUACACAAGACGACGCCCAACCACAGAGAGGUGCAAAUAUUCGUGGUGGUAGGAUGGCCCAUAAACACACUGCCAGUGAGGCCCUUGAGGCCACGGAUACAGUAUCGGAUUUACCAUCCCAAUCCGGAGAGAAAAAAUCGUCUCAAAACUCAAGAGAAUCACCGCCCCGACCAUCGAUUGAUAGAGUCGACUCGGCAAGUUGGAGCGAUCGGGACUUCAACGACAGUGGUGAUGAUAGCGACACAGAUCUAGACAUGGCGUACGGCAAGCAUAGCAAGGGCAAAAAUUCGAAGGAGAGUAAAGACAAUGAUGGAAGAGCCAGUAGUCCAGGCUGGAAUUGGACCGAGAAAAUCGUAGGUAAAGGCGCUACGAAGAAGGGGAAGGGCGUCAAGGCUCCUCAGAGUUCCAUAAACCCACAAGCAGAAGCUGAGGCGGAAGUGGCCCUACCUUCCAAAGCAAACGACGGUACUGGUCUCGGAGGUGGUGCCACAAACUAAUCCUUGGACUAAUGAUCGGAAUGGGCAAACUAUAGAGGAGCAUAGAGCAUUAAGGCAUGGCAUAUUUAGAUUUUCUAGCAAAGCAGCUUGGAACAGCAGGUUGGAUUUUACACCGAAACAGCACAAUCGCGAUUGCUCCAGUGAGUACACAUAAACCAGGCAAUCAACAUCACAUAUAUACAGUACCUGAACUACCUACCUAUAUAUAUAUACCUUAUAUAAUUGUAAUACCCCGAUGAUACCAUACCUGGCUAGACGUUAGAUAGUAACCAAUAUAUAUACAAUGUAUUAGGUUAAUAGAUUAUGAACAUCUCAUCUCA